AUGCCUCGCAAAGCUAAAGGCUCAAGGGUUAAGAAGCAGACGCGACUUGCCUUCAACCCCGCCGCGACAGAACCAACUACCAAUGGCAGCGGAGAUGAUGGCGAACGCUACAGGACCCUCGGGUACGGACAUCCAAGUCUAGCUUCUGUACGCACGGAAAAGUCACGUCCCGGAAAGCUCUCAGUAGAGAUAAGAUCCUCGAAACGAUCCAAAAAAGAAUCUUCGCCAGACGACAUCUCAAGCAGCCUCAAACAAAAUACGUUGGAACCUACCCCACAGACACAGAGCGAUACCUCCGAUGACGAAAUAGUUCCCCCAAGCUCUCAGAAGAGAAAGAGACAAACCCCCAUUAUGAGUCCACCCAAUGCAGAAAGACCCAGCACGAGGAGGAAGGCCCGGAGACGCGAACCCUCUCCGGUUGAGUCGGAUGAACAAACAGAAGUGACACCGCGGCCCCGUCGCAAUUUGAAACGAAAGGCGGAGAGCCCACAAGUCAUUUCGCUCGACUCCGAGGAUUCUGAAGAAGAUCCUGUUUUAUCUUCGGCGGUUAAGAGAAGAAGGGUAGUGGUGGGUUCAGAGUCGCUUAAGACGCCUCGCGCCGGUGCCGGGCAGGAUGAACUUGACAUUGAGGAAGAUGUAAGAGAUCUUCAGGACUCAGUCGUUAAAAAUACGAGAACGAGAGGCCGACUUCCCGGAUCCGCACGAGAUAAGCGAUUCAAGACUUUGGAGGCUAUGCGGCGCAAGCGUCUUGGGUUAAAACCAGAAAGCGAAGAAGAGGAAGGGGAAGAGGAAGAGCAAGAGCAAGAUGAGAUAGGCGGUGGUAGCGGUCAAGAGGAUGAAGAUGAGAGCCCAAGUAAGCAAGGGUUUCAUUGGCAAGUUGAUGAGGGUGAAAGCGAGGAGGAACAAGUCAAUCCAAGCAACGAAGAUCUCGAUCGCUACGAAGAUGACUUUGUUCUUGAUGAUGAUAACGUGCCAUUGGGGGUUCCUGCUGAAAUCCCAUUCGAAUUCACACGACACGCCUACAAGAAGCCUAAAGACUACUUCCGAGACGUGGUUGGGUGGAUGGUGCAUAAUCGGCUUGAUCCCGCGUUUCCACGCACAGAUCCCAUGUACGAAAUGGCAUUUAUGAAGUUAGAAGAUGAGGUCAAGGGUCGCGCAGGCUCUCAAUUGAUCUCAUCUGUUUGGAACCGUGAUUUCCACUAUGCGCUGCUAGCACGGCCACAUAUGGAGAUCACCUCUUACCCGACUAUUGAUUGUCAUUCAUGUGAUGCCUGUAAUCGAUCUGGGCACCCUGCAUCAUCUGAUAUGAAACUAUAUGGCAAGCCCUACUCGUUACAAACGCUUGAACCGCUCUGCGAUAGUGAAGAGGACCAGUCUCGUCAAACCAGUACAUGGGAUGAGGAUGAGAGCAACGAAACUGACGCGGGUGUUGAGCGUGAUCGAGAUGGACAUGCUUUACCAGAUGAGCAUAAGCGAUUUCUUCUAGGACGACAAUGCAAGCAUAAAGCACAGUUAGCACAUACACUUACCCAUUGGAGAUUUCAUCUCUAUGAAUGGGUGGUCGGUUAUCUUGAACGCAAGGGCCACAUGGCCGAUGACGAGAUUCUACGCCGCAGUAACAUGAGUCAAAAGCGAAAGACUCGAAAUGCGAUCAAAGUUCUUGAGUCCAUGAUUGAAGCUGGUGAAGUUGAGAAACUCUGGCGCGACUUCCAUACGAAUCUGAAGACUGCUCGUGGAGAAAGGUAUGUUUUUGUCCCAUUCUGCUAUUGA